AUGAGGCAGAGGCUGCCUGACACUUUUAUGAAGAUGUUGGACGGUCAUCGGCCAAAGAAUGUGAAGCUGCAACAGGCCGGCAGCGGGAUUCGCAGGCAUUGGGACGUGGAGGUGGUGAUCAGGUACGGACACAUGUACCUGUGUCGUGGCUGGGAGCAGUUCUACCGUACCUAUGACCUGCGGCACGGGUACUUCCUUCUCUUCAGGUACGAUGGCAACGCCAUGCUCACUUUGAAGGUGUUCAACACGACUAUGUGUCGCAAUGGGAGCAGCAACAGCGACUCUGGCUACAGCCAAAGCAACAGUGACUCUGGCUGCAGCAAAAGCAGCAGCGAGGAUGAUCCGGAAUGGAGUGGGGAAGAAGAGGAGCAGAGUGGGGAUGAGGAGAACAGAGUCUUCAUCUUGUCCUUCAGCUUCUUGGCCCACGAGGGCUCAGAGGAGUGA